CAGCAUCCUCUUCCUGCAGAGGCAUCAUCUAGCAGCAUUGCUGUAGCUGCAGCUAUUUCAACUGACAUUUCUUUUUAAAUUGCAAUAUGGAGGGCUCCUGAGAUGACAGCUGCUUCUGUGUGAACUUUUAUAUCUUUUUCCUGCCUGAUAACUAAUUAAUAAGAGCCUCGUGAGUAUUGAGGAAUAAAACAGAGGAAAUGGGAUAUUAUCUGGGUGUUUUUUGCUGCCAUGUCUGGCUCUUGACGGAAUCAAAACGUGCCUGAGAGAGGUUUAUCUUUCUGUAGCAAUUGCAUUUAUUCAUCUAAAGUUACCUACUCAUUUAAUUCUGGCCACCAAGAUGGAUCUGAAGUGUUCUCUGGAAGAGUGCACAAUGGCACUGAACUUAUUUCUGAACAACAAAUUCUCGGAAGCUCUGGAAUUGCUUCGUCCCUGGUCUAAAGGUAGCAUGUACCAUGCCCUAGGGUAUAGUACUAUUUUAGUUAUGCAGGCUGCUAUGACCUUUGAGCAACAGGAUAUCCAAAUGGGAAUCGCUACAAUGAAAGAAGCUCUACAAACUUGCCAAAAAUUCAGGAAAAGGAACACAGUAGUAGAAUCAUUAUCCAGUUUAGUUUCGAAACAGUCUCCAGAUCAGCUGAAUGAAGAGGAAAUGCAUGCAGAAAUCUGUUAUGCUGAAUGUUUACUACAGAAAGCAGCACUGACUUUUGUACAGGAUGAAAAUAUGAUCAACUUCAUCAAGGGUGGCCUCAAAAUCAGGACAAGUUACCAAAUAUACAAAGAAUGUCAUCAAAUUCUUCAGAUGACCCAGGGCAGCAAAAACCAGAAUGAAACCUACUACCAGUUUGAAGGGGGCGUGCAACUAGGAAUAGGAGCGUUCAAUUUGAUGCUGUCCCUCUUACCAGGAAGAAUCCUCCGACUUCUAGAAUUUAUUGGGUUUUCAGGCAACAGGGAGGUGGGUCUCCAGCAGUUACGGGAAGGAGCUUCUGGUGCCAGUCUGAGAGCCAUACUGUGUACUUUCACCUUGCUGGUAUACCACACUUAUGUUUCAUUAAUCCUAGGAACGGGGGAAGCCAACCUUUUAGAAGCAGAGGCCCUCCUUCAGCCUUACCUCCAGAAGUUUCCAAAGGGUGCCAUCAUUCUGUUUUAUGAUGCCAGAAUAGACAUAUUGAAAGGAAAUUUUGAAAAGGCUCAGGUCACAUUCCUGGAAUGCAUUGCAGCCCAGCAAGAGUGGAAGCAGAUCCAUCACCUGUGCUACUGGGAGCUGAUGUGGUGCUAUUCCUUCCAGCAGAACUGGCUUCAAGCAUAUCGGUAUGCAGAUCUGCUUUGCAAAGAAAGCAGGUGGUCAAAGGCAAUAUAUGUGUUCCAGAAAGCUGCCAUUUUAUGUAUGCUUUCAGAUGCUGAAGUGAGAACAACAGGAGAAGACAUUGUAGCUUUGUUUAGGCAAGUAGAAGGCCUGAAGCAAAGAAUUGCAGGAAAAUCCAUCCCAACGGAGAAGUUUGCUGUGAGAAAGGCUCGUCGCUACGGAGGCUCUCAGCCUGUGAAGCUCAUAGUACCUGCUCUGGAAAUGAUGUACGUCUGGAAUGGCUUUUCAAUUGUUGGCAUGAGAGCUGACCUCACCGAGAAUUUACUAGUAACAAUUGAAAAAGAAGAAACGGCUUUAAAAAACGAAACCAAUCACAAUGAAUACUACAUGGAUGACUUCAGUCUGCUACAACUGCUAAAAGGUCUCUGUUUGAAACAUUUAGGAAGACGCUUACAAGCAGAACUCUGCUUCAAUCAAGUUAUUCAAAGUGAGAAGCAGCUGAAGUAUGAUAACUACCUGAUACCAUACACGAUGUAUGAAUUGGGUCUUCUGUACAAACAACAGGAUGAAAGAGAAAAAGCAAUAAGAUUCAUAGAAGCUGCAAAAAACAAUUACAAGGAAUAUUCCAUGGAGUCUAGGUUACACUUCCGAAUCCACGCAGCUCUUAAUGGUAUGAAAGUGACUCCUGCUCCCACGCCUUGAUGUCAUUUGAGGGUGGUGCAUAACACAAGUGUCUACAAGUUGCUGCUUGGAAGCCUACAGAAAUCAUGUAAAUGAUGUAACAAAAGAGAUGUAGUUUAUAUUUUCUAUCAUUUGUGAUAUUUGAAUGUUCGUCACCCCCUUUUCAGCCGCUUCUUUUUUCUAUGGCGCACUUCCAUAUCUCCGCUUCACAUUUUAGAGGGGGAAAUCUUAUAUUUUGUUUAUAAACGGAUUAAUUUAAAGCUUGACGUGAAAGGAGAGUAUUUUAUAAAAA